AUGGUCGGAGCGAUCUUAGGGUCGAUCCACGAUAUACCGCAAAACCUGCUGCAGCAGAUCAAGGACUUCGAGGAUACCUUCACUGUUGACAGUACGAAGCUCAAGCAGGUAGUGGACCACUUUGUCAAGGAGCUCGAAAAAGGUCUCAGCGUCGAGGGUGGCAACAUUCCCAUGAACGUGACCUGGGUCUUGGGCUUCCCCGAUGGCUACGAGCAAGGCACCUUUUUGGCCCUGGAUAUGGGCGGUACCAACUUGCGCGUUUGCGAGAUUACCUUGACCGACGAGAAGGGCGCCUUCGAUAUUACUCAGUCUAAAUACAAAAUGCCCGAUGAGCUCCGUACCGGCACCGCCGAGGAGCUGUGGGAAUACAUUGCCGACUGUCUGCAGCAGUUUAUCGAAUUCCACCACGAGAAUGAGGACUUGGCCAAGCUGCCUCUGGGUUUCACCUUCUCUUACCCCGCUACCCAGGAGUACAUCGACCACGGCAUCCUGCAGCGUUGGACCAAGGGUUUCGACAUUGACGGCGUGGAGGGCCAGGACGUCGUCCCGCCCUUGGAGGAGAUCCUCAAGAAGAGGGGCCUGCCCAUUAAAGUCGCCGCUCUCAUCAACGACACCACCGGCACGCUCAUUGCGUCCUCAUACACCGACUCCCAGAUGAAGAUCGGCUGUAUCUUCGGCACGGGUGUCAACGCCGCCUACAUGGAAGAUGUCGGAUCGGUGCCCAAGAUUGCGCACCUGGGUCUGCCCGCGGACAUGCCCGUGGCGAUCAACUGCGAGUACGGGGCGUUUGACAACGAGCACGUUGUGCUCCCGCGAACCGAGUAUGACUGCAUCAUCGACCGCGACUCGCCGCGCCCCGGCCAGCAAGCCUUCGAGAAGAUGACCGCGGGUCUGUACCUGGGCGAGAUCUUCCGCCUGGCACUGAUCGACCUCCUCGACUCGCGGCCAGGCCUCAUCUUCAAUGGCCAGGACACCUCGAAGUUGCGCAAGCCGUACCUGCUGGACGCGUCCUUCCUGGCGGCCAUUGAGGAAGAUCCCUAUGAGAACCUGUCCGAGACCCUAGACCUCUUUGAGCGCCAGCUGGGUAUCCGCCCGACCCCGCCCGAGCUGGAGCUGGUCCGCCGCCUCGCAGAGCUGAUUGGCACCCGUGCCGCCCGCUUGUCCGCCUGCGGUGUCGCCGCCAUCUGCAAGAAGAAGAAUAUCGAGUCCUGCCACGUCGGCGCCGACGGCUCCGUCUUCACCAAGUACCCGCACUUCAAGGCCCGCGGCGCCCAAGCCCUGCGCGAGAUCCUGGACUGGGCCCCCUCCGAGAAGGACAAGGUCUCUAUCAUGGCCGCCGAGGAUGGUUCCGGUGUUGGUGCCGCCUUGAUUGCUGCCCUGACCCUCAAGCGUGUCAAGGCAGGCAACCUGGCCGGUAUCCGGAACAUGGCGGACAUGAAAACCCUGCUGUAA